AUGCAAUCAUCUCAUAACUCGAUGCCAACUUUGAAGUCAAUUUUUAGAUUCAGGAAAACAAAUGUAAGCUUCCUUUUUCAAAUAACAAUUUGUGGAAUUUUUCUUCUCUAUGUUUAUGAUCAAACGCGAUAUAAGUACACGCUGCCCUCUCAAUCAGAAAAGGUUCACCAGCGCUUACUCCAAACGGCAUGGUCAGAUUUGCAGAAUAUAACUCUUAAGCCACAUCCAUAUACUUCACGAGAUAAUGACAGAGUUCAUGAUUAUAUUUUGGAGAGGGCAAUGAAAAUCACUCAAAAAAUUGAAUAUGCUAACAUCUCCGAUGAUUAUGAAACACAAACCGAUACAUUUUUCAGACAACCUGAUGUGUUUAAUUUAUCAUCUACAAGGACUAGAGUAAUAUAUUUUCAAUCCUCGAACAUUAUCGUAAAAUUAGAAGGGAAGGACAAGGCACUACCAGGCUUACUACUAUCUUCUCAUUUCGAUUCAGUGCCUACAAGUACAGGAGCAACUGAUGAUGGGAAGGGGAUUGCAUCAUUGUUAGCUCUACUAGAAUAUUUUUGCCAAAAACAACCUGAAAGAACUUUAAUAUUUAAUUUUAAUAAUAAUGAGGAAUUCGGUCUCCUUGGAGCGUCAGUGUUCUUCGAGCACCCAUGGUCAAAACUGGUCCAUUAUUUUCUGAAUCUUGAAGGAACGGGUGUUGGGGGAAAAGCGGUCCUAUUUAGAACUUCCGAUGUAUCUACAGCUCAAAUGUAUAAAGAAGCAGUUCUAAAACAGCCCUUUGGGAAUUCGGUUUAUCAGCAGGGGUUUUAUAACCGUUACAUUCAUAGUGAAACGGACUACAAAGUUUACGAAGAAAAUGGAUUAAGAGGAUGGGAUAUCGCUUUUUACAAACCCCGUGCCUUGUAUCAUACUGUGAAUGAUUCAAUAUCAUACACCUCAAGAGAAGCUCUUUGGCAUAUGCUACAUACCUCACUUCAACUUUCAAAUUAUGUAGCAUUUAACAAUGAAGAUCCUCAUGCUUAUACUCCAGCAAUUUAUUUCGAUAUUGUUGGCUACAACUUCUUUGUUAUUAAUUCUAAGUCAUUAUUUGCACUGAAUUGCAUUUUACUAGUAGCAGCACCAGUUAUCAUUCUUGUACUGCAGCUGCUACGGUCACGUAAAAAUAGUAGUACCAAUCGAGUCUCGCUAUUGUUGGCUGUCAGACUCCCAUUUUCUUUAGCGAUAACGUGUAUUAUCCUCAAGAUAACUGAAUCUGCUCUCUUUCAAAUUAACCCUUUCAUCUCUUCGAGGAACCACCUCUCUCCGCUAAUAACUUUUGGUGCUGAGUUUUUAUUUAUAAACUACUUGCUAUUAACUCUAUUUGAAACGCUCUCACCUUCGAGUGAUUUUAAGAGAAUAGCAUUAGGCGAAAUUUUAUCAAUUUUAUGGGUUCUUUUGUUGUCUCUUACCUAUAGGAUGCAUAAAAAUGAAUACCGGGACACUGGGAUAUAUCCAUUCACAAUUCUUUACGUUUGCAUCCUUAUGGGCAUAUUAUUCGAUUAUUUUGCUAAGUCGCUUAAACAAACACCCAAAGUAUUCUUUUCCAGAGAAGUGGAUGGAGUUUCCGGAAGUAGUAACCAAGAACUACAUGAUGGUGAACUAGAGGCUGCAGGUGCUUAUACUUCUGAUGUAGAAAGAGCUUCACCUACUAAUUCGGAUAAUUCAUCUCCACAUACUGCCAACCAAACAAUUCCUGCCUUUGAGCCAGAUGAGAGAGCUCCAUUAUUGGAGACUAACGCACACUAUCCUGUGAAAGAAGUGAAUACAAUCCCCAAGAAACCGACCAAUUAUAGUUGGGCCCUUCAGUUCUUACUGACGGUCCCGAUUGGCAUUUUCAUAAUGUUUAAUAGUUUUGACUUAAUUCUUGAUGCUUUGAAUCAAACAAGCCAAGAGAGUUUAAAAUCAACAUCUGACGUCCUCAACAUAUCAUUAUUAGGAGGUAUUUUAGUAGUGCUGCCGGUAAUCCCGUUUGUUUACAAAUUUAAUGUUGUUACCGCUAUUGCAUUGUUUUUGACGUUCUCUAUUGGAGCCAUACAAAUAUUUUUUUCAUCACCAUUUACUAUCGAGGCACCGUUAAAGGUUAGAUUCUCACAGGAUUUAAAGUGGUCGAAUGGAGCCAUCGAAUCUGUUGUUCACAUAUCUGGAAGGCAAGGCUUUUUGGAGCCUCUUAUACACGAUCUUCCAAGUGUAAAACGUGAGUAUCUUGCUGUAGAUUGUGAAGAUAAAUAUGACGGAAAUGAAGUAUGCAGUUAUUCCGGAGAACUACCAAAUCCUAUAGAUACCUAUAAUUCAAAUUUCACAAUUGAUAAGCUCUUUUCUAUUGAUGUUCUUAAAAAUGACAGGAAUUCGAAGUACAAGUCACCAUAUGAACCGAUAAAUGCAGAAGUCUUGAUAAAUGUAGUCGAAAACAGGGCAUGUACUAUUCUCUUUACUAACCCACUAGAAGACAAAUCUUCGCCUGUUAAACAGAUACAAAUAUUUGCCGAUGAAAAUAACAAUACGGAUGUGACGGAUGAUAAGAUAAUAAGAUGGAGAGAUGGGAUUGAUGAAUUACAAUUACAUAAACUUGAUUUUGAAAAAAAAUUUUAUCAUAUCGGGAUUCAAUGGUAUCCAAAAAUUUUAAACGAUAACGAGUCGAAUAGUGAUUCGCCAGCCGAUAUUGAUGAUAAUGCGUUAAACUUGAGAGUUAUUUGCUACUGGGGAGAAUACGAUUCUGAGUCAAUAGUGAACGGUAAACAUAAGAAAAAGAUCCCGGCUUAUGAUGAGUUACUAACAUAUGCUCCUUUAAAUUAUUCCAUCUCUAAUUUAAAUAAAGGGUUGAUUACAAUGGAAAGAUCAAUUGAAUUGUGA